UGUAGAGAGCAGCGCGCUCAGUGUCUCCGGCUCUCCAGCGCGUCCUCUCGCUGUCUCACAGCCGCGGACAUGGUUCUGUCUCUGGGGUGGCUCUCAGCUUUGGCCGCGGGGGUCUUCUCCGCUCACGUCUUGCAGAAACUUUGCUUCCCGUACUUUUGGAGGGACCUGCUGUUUCUGCUCAAGGUAGUCGGGUACGGCGUGAAGCUGGAGAUGUUCAAGCUGACGUCCAGCGUGUGUACGGUCCUGGACAGGUUCAUCCAGCAGGCGCAGCGCAUCCCCAACAAGCCGUUUGUCGUCUACGACGGGAGCGUCCACACCUACCGGGACAUCGACACGCGCAGCAACAGACUCGCCAGGGUUUUCCUGGAAAGAGUGAACUUGAAAAAAGGGGACUGCGUUGCCUUGCUCAUGAGCAACGAGCCCGACUUCUUGUGCGUGUGGUUCGGGUUGGCGAAGGUCGGCUGCUCGGUGGCUUUCCUCAACACAAACAUCAAGGCCAGGUCUCUGCUGCACUGCCUGAGCUGCUGCGGAGCCACAACUCUGAUUGUCGGUUCAGAUUUAGUGGACGGUCUGAACGGCAUCCUAACCAGCCUGCUGGAGGACAACGUUCAGGUGUGGGCCAUGGGGAGCCAGAGUGACCACGCUCAGGUGCACACUCUGCUAGAUAAGAUGGAUGCUGCCUCUGACCAGCCUGUACCAGCCGAGUUACGUGCCUGCACCUCCCUCAAAGCCCCCACCCUCUACAUCUUCACCUCUGGAACAACUGGGCUCCCUAAGGCUGCAGUGAUCACUCACCUCCAGAGCUUGAAGGCGGCAGCUGGUUUUUGGGCGUUUGGGGCGACUGAAGAUGAUGUGAUGUACAUCCCUCUGCCGCUCUACCACAGCGCUGCCUCUUUGAUCGGUAUAGGAGGAACCAUAGAGCUGGGUGCGACCUGCGUCCUGAAGAAGAAGUUCUCAGCCUCUCAGUUCUGGAAUGACUGUAGAAAACAUGACGUGACUGUUUUCCAGUAUAUUGGUGAGCUCUGCAGAUACCUCUGCAACCAGCCCAAGACGGAGGUGGAUAAAGUUCACAAGGUGCGGAUGGGCGUGGGGAACGGGUUGCGGCAGGACGUCUGGCGGGAGUUCCAGAAUCGCUUCGGAAACAUUAAAAUGUGCGAGGUGUACGGCUCCACUGAGGGAAACCUGUGUUUCAUGAACCACGUCGGCAAGAUCGGAACCGUGGGCCGCUCCAACUUCAUCUACAGGCUCCUGUUCAAGUAUGAUCUGGUAAAGUAUGACAUGCUGAAAGAUGAACCAGUGAAAGAUCAGUAUGGAUUCUGUCAGCGGGUGGAAAAAGGUGAGACAGGACUUUUGCUGUCCAAGGUGGGCGCCCUCAGCCCGUUCUUUGGUUAUGCUGGAAGCAAGCAGCUGACUGAGAAGAAGCUGAUGAGGAAUGUGUUCGCAAAGGGAGACGCCUACUUUAACACGGGCGACCUCAUGGCUGAAGACCAGGAGGGCUUCAUCUGUUUCAGAGACAGAGUGGGGGACACCUUCAGGUGGAAGGGUGAAAAUGUAGCAACGACAGAGGUAACAGAGGCUCUGGGACUGGUGGAUUUUAUCCAAGAGGUCAACGUGUAUGGAGUGGAAAUACCAGGGCAUGAGGGCAGAGCAGGAAUGGCUGCCAUGAUCCUGAGACCAGGCUUCACGUUCAACGGGAAGAAACUCUUUGAGCACGUGACGAGAGACCUGCCAGCGUACGCUUGUCCACUCUUCAUAAGGCUUCAGGAGGUCAUGGAAAUGACGAGUACCUUCAAGCAGCAGAAGUUCCAGCUGGUGCAGAGUGGAUUCAACCCCUCCACAAUCUCUGACCCUCUCUAUGUGUUGGACUACCAGCAGAAGAGCUACAUUCCUCUUACAGAUAGCAUCUACAAGAGCAUCCUCGCAGGAGAACGCAAGCUAUAGAGCGUCAGUGUUACGACAUGGAGUGACACGAAGCACAGAGAAGAUAGAAAUAAGCUCCGCUAAUUGCAGCAUUUUUAUUCUGAAUGGAAACUAGUGAGCCUACAAUCUAGUUGAGUGAUGCACUAAGGUCUGAAUGAAAGCCGUCCUCUAGUUAGUGAAUUAGAGGAUCCUGACGUGUUGACCCUGCAGUACGGGUGAUAAAUAAUAUAGAUAUUAUAGAUAAAUAAUAUGAACCUGAAUGUGUCAUUAUGAAACAGCAACUCCUGGUUUAAUCCUUAAUCUACCCCUCAAAACGCACCAAACACCCUCAACUGAAACAAGGUGUUUGUUACGGUGACCAGAAACCCUUCAUUCAGCCAUUCAUUUGAAAAGAUGAAGAGCAAGCACUUAAGUUUCUUCUUUAAAAGAUAGAAAUAUUUGGCGAAACCGUGAAUAAUCAGUUUAAGUUAAGGUUUACAUUAGGGGUCUUAAGUAUUUUUACAGGAAAAUUAAUGAUAUUUUAAAGGAUUUUUCUUCAGGAUUCAAGUGUUAUUAGGUUUAUUCAAAUUUGGAGUUAAGUAAUAGAUUCAUAAUAGUAAUAAAUGACUGAACUGUAAUAUAUAAAGUAGCAUUUAAUGGUCUUUCUGCAUGGAUUAAGAGGGUUUUAUAGGAAAAAAAAAUAACAAAAAGAUGCAAAUUCGUUUUCCACACAUUGGGGGUUAAUUAUUGCAUAAAUGAAUGAAUUGCAAUAUAAACCCUUAUCAUUAACAAAAUAACAUGAUCUUACCUUUAAAGGGCCUUAUUUAUUUCAGUUAAGGUGUGAGUCUGGGCUUAAUUAAUAGUCAAAGCGAAUGGAUCACAGUGUAUUAAGGGGAUUUCAUGGUUGAACGGGUUCUUUGGAAAUGACCAAACAUCAUUGAAGCCAUCGUUGAAGAUUGAAAAAUUAAGACACCUUUAAGGUAUAAGUGCAGAGAUGGGGUUUUUUUCACGUUAUUUGGUCAGUUUUAAGGGUUUUUUUCACCAUUGCAAAAGCCGUUAAGCCCUGUGCAGACAAGCCAUUAGAAAUACCUUAAUAUAUCACAGUCCAAGAGUUCACGUAAAAUCCCAUCAAAGUGCCUUAAUUACAUUAGCAGUCAUGGAUUGAUGAGGAGAGUGAUUAUGUUAAUGGCAUUUUAAGGUGCAAAAUCAAGGGAUUUAGUUUAAUAAUUUAUGAAACUGAGGGUUUGCACAUGUGGUUUGUAACUUAGAAACAAAAUAAAUGGUUCACAGAUGUAUUUUUGCACCUUUGCUGACAUUAUGUCAAAAGAUUUUUCCCAAAAAGAUAAACAAACUUACCCACAGAUAUUUUCUGUUCACUGAUUUUCCUCUAUCCAAUAAUUAAAGCCAUCAUUUUGCAAAUUCACACAAUAAGGUGACCAAUCACAGCACACCCUGCAUGUGUUUCUUCAAUUCAUAUAUUUUAUUAGUGAAAGAAGAAUAACUGUAUGUUGUCUUGACUGUGGGAGAUUGUGGAUAUGAAAAGCUCCAAAGUGCCCAGAUGUUUAGCCAUAUCAAAAGUUUUUAAUGCUGUGAACGUUCUCAGUCCAUGAUUUAUUUAUUAAUUUUUGUUUUUAUUUGUUUCUUUUAUUUUGCUUUUGUUUACCCGAGAUUGUAUUGUGAACUAAAUAUAUUUACCGACAUUCAUGCCAGGGAAGUUAGUGUGUUUGCUGUUGUGUGACACGAGUUCACGGUAGAAGCACAAUCAGGGCAGAGCUGGGAUUUGAACAACCACAAUAAGCCUGCUUUUUCCUCCAACCUCAGCGUGUCCGUGAUGUUCUGCUUCCUCAUUCACAUGAUUUAUUUGAGCUAUCAGCAGCGUGUUGCAGGAUAUCACCACUGUUACAUGACUGUGACUGAGGUGAGUGCCACCAUUUGUCAUGUUUUAGAGAGUAAACAAACUGUGGCGGAUAGAGCGCUGCUGUUAUCCAGAGAUCUGAGCUACGUGAGCAUCAUGUACUGUUUACUGUUUGUGGUGUGAGCAACUCUUUAAUAUUCAGUAAUGAUAUUCAGAAGGUUCAAUUCACUUCUACUUGUGAUUGGGAUGUGAAGAUAUAAAAAGCACU